AUGUCCGCCUACCAGAGCAGCAACACCGCCGAGGCACGCCGCGCCGAGUGCGCGCGCCUGCAGGCCAAGUACCCCGGCCACGUCGCCAUGGUCGUCGAGGCCGCCAAGUCGAGCAAGGCGCACCUCCUCGCCCUUCCCCGCGACGCCACCGUCGCCGAGCUCGAGGCGGCCGUGCGCCAGGCGCUGGGCAUCAGCGCCGCGAAGGUGACGCUCGCCGUGGAGGGCUGCACGCCGGCCGCCACCGCCUCCGUCGGCGACGUCGCCGACGCCUGCAAGCACGCCGACGGCUUCCUCUACGUGAGCGUGCGCGGCGAGCAGGCCAUGGGCAUCUUUUCCUUGUGCUUCCCGUUCUUUUAG